ACUGCUGGGACGGAUAGACACAUCUAUCCAUCUUAUGAGUGCGAUGUCCAAGGGUUGUUCACAUCACCAUCCAUCCAUCCAUCCAUCCAUUCGUCCAUUCGUCCUUCAUCCAUACGUAUGUGUAUGUGUAUGUGUAUAGGAACAACAUAGUCUCAUGGGGUCCGUCCAGCCCACGGCGGAUCGGUAUCAGCAGCUCGCCUGGGUCUUGAGGCUGCCCUUCUUGGCCUUCUUGGCCGGCCGCACCUCCGCAGCCUCAGCCUCACCCGCGGCCACCAACUCGCUCACGUCCACCUCCACCGGCACGGCCAAUUGGUCGCUCUGCGGCCUCUCUUUCUUUUUCCUUUUUUUGUGCUUGCUGGGGACAGGCAAGGCGGAUGCGUCCUCAUUGUCACCGUCAUCAUCGGCCUUGUGCUGGUGAUAUCCCUCCCAUCCGUCCCAGUCUUGCGACUCGUCGGCAGCAGCUGCGGCGGCCUUUGCACCUUUCCUCUUCUUGCGCUUGCGCUUGGCGCCCCUGCGUUUGUAUAUGCAGGCAAUGAACACCCAUGAUGGCCGUUAUUUGCUCCUGUGCUGUCUUGUCUGGCUCGCUGACCCGUUGUCUUCAGGUAGUUCUGGUGGUUGGAUCUCUUCCUCCCAGCCGUCGCCAUAGCCACCCCACCCAUCGUCCGGCUGCUGCUCGAAAACCUGCUCGUCAUCCAGCACCGCCUCGCUCUGCCGCUUCCUUUUGUCCUUCUUUUUCUUGGUCUUCUUGCCCACGGCCUCCUGCUGCCCCUCCCCCUCGUCCUCUUGCUCAUGGAUGCCAUAAUGGUCCGCAAUGGCGGGAGGAGGGGGAGGGGCGUCCUCCCCUUCCUCGCCGUCCAUGACUCCCGGCAGCAUCUUGUCUGAGCUCUCCUGCAUGGCCAUGACCGCCUCAGUGUCGGCAUCAGCGUGUCCGUCGCAGUCGAGAUGGGAGUGGAGGAAGUGCACCUGGGCCGCCGGGGGAGAGCGGGACAGGUGACUGGACGACAGCAUGCCCUGCAUCUUUUUCGUCUGGAGCUUCCUCUGAGAAUAGCAGACAAAGACAGACAGCACACACGGCAUCGCACUGAGUGAGUGAGUGAGUGAGUGUGGGAAUGUGCGCGGCUCCUGUUUUGUAUGGCUUACGAGGAAGAACCGUUUGGAGUCGAUUUGAGGCCAGAAUGGCAGGGCAUUCUUCCAGUCGACUGAGUCCACAGCGGCCCUCCAGGCAGCCUCACCGCCUCCUUCCUUGCCACCUGGGCCCUCCCCCGUCUCCUCCGCACCUUGAUCAUCUUCCUCAAACGUCAGAAUCUCGGGCCCCUGGCCGCACGCCGUGAAAUAGCUGCUCAGGUAACGAAGCAACUGACGAAACAACAACUGACAGACAGACAGACAGACAGACAGAGGACCGACAAGGUGAUCAAUCCGUCGCCGAGUGAGUGUGGUGGUUCGUUGCCGCUGGUUCACCGACCAUUCUGAAGCCCUCCGGCAUCUUCCUGCGCGCCCUUCUUUUCCGGAGGGGCGUCACCGAUGUGCCGUUGGGCUGGUUCUCGGGGGCGAAGGCCUGCUUGCGGCGAUACAGACGGUUGUAGACCAGCCGGACCUGGCUUGUGGACAAGAUGGGGGCUUCUCGCGGGGCCUCUCCCUCUUCUUGGGCCUCAUCUCGACUGAGCUGCGCGAGCUGCUGGUUGAAGUUGUUGGUGACGCUGAGCCACUUGAUGUCCGCACACAGGGGCAGUUGCAGCUCGUAUCCAGUCUCAGACCUGAUAUGAAGACGCACAGACGCCGACAGACAGAGAGUGCACCUGUAGAUUCCCCAUUCCCCUGUGCGUGUGCCGACUUGACUCACUGUAUGACGGAGAGCAGCAAUUCCUCCUCGCUGGGCGACAGCAGCCGCUCAGACGAGCGGCGCCGCCUGCGGCCUUUGCCGGCCUCAGCCGUCUCUUGCUCUCCUUCCCCGUCGCCCUCCCCCUCUUGCGGCCCUUCGUGCUCUUCCUGCUGCUGCUGCUGCUGCUUGUCGCGCCUGUCCUUCCUCUUGCUCUUCUUAGGUCUGGCCGGGGGCGAUACCCCGAGGAUAGCAAGAGGGACAAAUGCAGCGUCGUCAUGGUUUGCCUGCUCUUCCUGCUUGGCGGCAAAGUAUGCUGGCUGGAGCUCCCUGAACUUGUCCCGGACUGCGUCGGGGGUGCGAUUGAGCUCCGACGCCAGGCCCUGGAGGACACAUACAUUACAUAGGCGACACACACAGAUCCAUGACAUGACUCGCCCAUGGGUGUGAGUGAUGCGCAUGUGGUGCGUGUGCUUAGUGACGCACCUUCCAGUCCCUCUGGUAUUUCCGCUGGAGGGAGAGCAAACUCGACACCUCGUCGGCACUCCACCGACCUGCACACAAAUGGGCGCACAUGAUGCCAACGCAGAGAGAGGGAUUCAUCUGUGCUGGCGUGUGGAAGUGUCGGCGUUUUCGUUGUCCACUUGCCCUUUUUGAUGCUGGGAUUAGCUUUCUGCAGCAUCCUCACAGCACGAUUGCGCACCGAAUGGGUCGUCCGGUGGGGAAAGUGACCGGCUGCAUUUAUUGCAUCCAGACAGACAGACAACGAACGGGAGAGUGAGUGCUGGCCUUUGGAGGUUGUGUGUGCAUUCCCGUCCCGUUGGCCCACCGACCCACCGACCCAGCUUGAGGAAGAUGUUGGGCCCCUCGUCGAGCCGUUCAUCAGCCUGCUCAUUGUCCGCAUCGCCCUUGACCUUUUUCUUGAUGCUCUGCAAGGUCGACGUCACGAAAUCGGCCCACGCCAUCUGCUGCCUCUGCACAGAGCAGUGUGUAGUGUACACACAUUGAGACCAGUAGGGUGUGUCUUUCUCGCGUAAACAAGUACAAGAACGUUCAGACCCACCUCUGCCUGUGCCUUGAACAGCCGCAUCAUGAAGGCCUCCUCAUUCGCCGAAAACUUGCCCUGAUGGCGCACAUGACAUGACACACAUCGCAUCCACGAGCUGCACGGCAUGCAUACGUGCUGCUUCUUCCAUCUUCGUCAGAUCAUCCCGUCCAGUCAGUCGGUACCUCCCUACCCUGUAGAAAGUCGCUUCGCUCUUUUUGUGAUCAUACCACUCCCUCUCCACGGGGUUGUCCUCCACCACAAACUGCACAGGAUCCACACACGUCACCUGAGGAGCUACAAGCUGCAGAGAUAGACACGCGACACACACACAGACAGACAGACAGACACAGACCGGUCGUCGGAAGCUUUCAAUGGGUGUUGCUGUGUUCUUACGUCUUCGCGAGUCAGUUUCUUGGUGCCUUUCUUGCCCUUCUCCAGCAGCUGGAGAGCGCCGUCUGUGCCUCCUGCCGCCUCGGAUAGGUGGCGGGAAGACGAUGACAUCGAUGAAGAAGCUAAGCACUGUCGUGUGAUUCGAUUCGAGGUUUUUUAGGAAGGGAAGCGCUCAGAGAGAUGUCAAAGCGUG